GUGCUGGUGCCAUAGAGUGCCGUAGCGUGUAGUGCUGGUGCCAUAGAGAGCCGCAGCGUGUAGUGCUGGUGCCAUAGAGAGCCGUUGCGUGUAGUGUUAGUGCCAUAGAGAGUCAUGGUCGCCUGGCCAUGGGGCCAUGUGUGUGUGGCUCACGUGCGAGUGUUUGUAAGGUAGUUGUCCGGGCGGCCACCAGCCGGCGCCGCCUCCGCCCGGGCUUCAGUUGUCACAGAGCUCUGGGAGUGGGUGGUGGUGCACUCGUUUUCCGCCCAAAUUAUGAAGGAAAUCGCGUUAAUUACAGAUUUAUAUGAUUCACGCUGAAAGUUUAUAGUGCAGUGAGGGUAUAAUUUGGAGUCUGGAAUAGAUCAAAAAAAGUAUUAGCGAGCGAUAGUGAUCGAAAACGUUAAAUAUCGGCAGGUGGUUGGAUAGGUGAACAUGUCCCACUGCAUAGCGUAAACAUGGCCGCUCCAGGUAGUUGUUUACCUGAGGGGGCUCGCACAAGACCUGCCCUAGAGCACCAGGCUGGCCUCUAAGGAGGCCCCUGCGAGUAUAACAGUGGCCCUGGAGGCCCCCGGUGCCUGGAGGAGGACAGGCGAGAUGAAAGUGACGGUGUGCUUCGGCUCGGUGCGUGUAGUGGUGCCGUGCGGCGAGGGGGAGAUCUUAGUGCGGGAUCUUAUACACAAAGCUACCGUCCGCUACAAGAAGGCUACAGCAAAGCCAUCAGACUCUUGGGUAACUGUUCACAACCUGAAACAACUGGAUGGUGGGAUUUUAGACCCAGACGACCGGCUCAAUGAUGUGGCAGACGACAGGGAACAGAUUAUUGCACUGUAUGAAGAACAGGUGCACCACCACCACGGAGGGGAUGGAACUUCGGCAUCGUCAGACUCUGAGAAUCCUUCCCCAGAUAUCUUUCAGGACAUUGAGCACAAAUUCUCGCCCUUUACUCGGAAUGACAUUGAGAUAACGGGCGAGGAAUUAAGUGCCACCCCACCUCCACUCCAUGUGCGACGAGGGAGUGAACCUGCCUUAAAUCGUUUAUCGCCCAUCCCACCCGCCAGUGCCCCUCCCGACCCCACCAAACGGUGGUCAGCCGCACCCAUUAUAGAAGAUCAGAACACACCACCAAGCUCCACACCUAUGAAGAAUAUAGAUGGACACAGUUCUUAUGAGGAUGACAGUGUGUUUGUGGUAGACCCUGGGGAGAGAGGGGAGGGGUCGGGGGAGGAGAAGACCCCAUCCUCCUCAUCAUCAUCAUCUCACCAUUCAACUUCUACUGCCUUCACGCGAUUUUCUCGUGACACUAAUAGAUGCUCUGUUCAGGUACUGUCUGACAACCCCUCAAUGGCACGGUGGGCAGAUGCAGCAGAUAAAGCCUUGGCUGCAAGUGAAGGAAGGAGACGAGAACCUCUCGGCGGGUCAGCCUCCUCACCAUUACACUCCAGAGAUCAUUCUCACGAUGAUACAAAUAAUCCCUUUUUGGUGGUGCUAAGUAAUGACCGAGGUCCUCUAGGAAUCCAUGUGAUUCCAAGCACAGAUGGUAGAGGUCAUGACCAAGGUCUUUUGGUGGAAGGUGUGGAGCCUGGUGGAAGAAUAGCACGUGAUGGUAGAAUAGAAGUCCACGAUAGAAUUAUAGAAAUAAACGGAAAACCUUUAACUAAUAUAACAUUCCAAAAGGCUCAAGAAAUAUUUAAAGAUGCCAUGCUAACCCCAGAACUUCGCCUGCGAGUUUUAAAAAGACCAGACCUCCGUGACUGUAAUCAUCAGCACCAGGGAUCUUUUACCUACUCUUCAAAUGAGCUUGUUGAAGGGGAAGAGAGAUUGGUUGGAGGGGCUAAAGUGGCAAGUGUUAUGCCCACUAGAAAAGUUCCCUCAGCAUCCCUAUCAUCCCGAACGCAAGCUGUUAUUCUUCAAAGCAACACACGGAAACUAGGACGUAAAGUGACCGUGCAUCUCACUAAAGGCCCACAUGGUCUUGGGUUUUCCAUAACUACAAGAGAUAACCCAGCUGGGGGCGAAGCGCCAAUUUAUAUUAAAAAUAUCCUUCCGAAGGGAGCUGCCAUUGAAGAUGGCACCCUACGCAUUGGUGAUCGUCUGUUAGAAGUUAAUGGUGUAGAAGUGACAGGCCGCAGUCAGUCAGAGGUGGCAGGUCUACUCCGACAAAUUCCAAUAGGUGGAGCAGCGACUCUUACAGUUUCUCGUCAAGAUCAGCGAAAUGGAGAAGUAGGCAGUGGAAUAGUUGAAUCAGUAUCAGAAACUGAUAAACCUCCCAGCCCUAAACUACCCAGACAAUUGGUAUCGAUCUACCCACAAGACAACCACCCUUUCUUCUGCCAGCCUGCGGAGAAAACAGCAGAAGAUAGUCUGAUGUUUCCUUGGAAGCAAAGAGAGAUACUUAUGUUUGAAAUUCCAGUUCAUGAUUCAGAAAGAGCGGGCUUGGGGGUAAGUGUGAAGGGUAAGACAAGUUCAGGCCCCAAUGGCUCUGUUGACUUAGGAAUCUUUGUAAAAAAUGUCAUUCAUGGUGGGGCAGCCUCUCGAGAUGGUCGACUCCUCCAGAACGACCAGCUCGUCAACAUUAAUGGAUUGUCCCUUCUUGGAAAACCUAACAGUGAAGCCAUGAAAACUUUAAGAACAGCAAUGCAUCAAGAGGGUCCAACCCCAGGAAUGAUAUCACUUACUGUAGCAAGAAGGACAGAUCACAACAGAGAGCGGUCAAGUCCUUCUUCAGCUAACCGGUCAGGUCGGGAGUCAGCCAGCAGCUUGCUUACAAACUCAUCAGGUACAGAGACAUUAGGUGGAGCCAAGUCUUCACCUGCUACGCCAACACCAGAUCAUGCGUGCAUUACUGAUUCUUCAAAUGCAACAGUUAUACUAAAUAGCAAGUAUGAUGAUUGGCAUGAAGCUGAUGUGGAAUUCACUAAUAUGGGCACUUUUGACAUAAGGAAUCCUGUCAUCCAGAGAUUAACCACCAACAAUGGAGCACUUCGCAAUGAAAGUUAUUAUAAGGCAACACAUGACACUUGGAAUACAUCACAGUUACAGCAAUUGGUAAUGCGCAGCGAGCGUGAAACAAUACCAACCGGAGUUCCUGGUAUGAAUCCUCUUGGAUCCCCAACUGUUAACCUGCCAUCUAGGGAUACUCUAAUCAUUCACGAUGAUGCCGGCACUCACCUUUCAAGACAACUUGGUGGGUCAGAUGGUCCUGGAGCCUCCACAGGAAGUUACAGUGACCAUCCAAGUCAGUCAGAUGAUGCCUAUACCAGCCAAACGUCCCUAGAAGAGAAUGUGGCAGGGUUCUCCCGGGAUCAGUUUGGUAGGCAAAGUAUGUCAGAAAAGCGCCAUGCUACAUUGGAUGCCAAAAAUACUGACACAUACCAGCGAAAUAAAAAAGCAAGAGAAGAGAGAGAGAAACAGAAGCAGUUAAUGCUAGCCCAGGAGAUACUCACUACAGGCCAAGGACUUGGAGGAAGUGCAGCAGAAGGUGGAGCUCUGGAGGAAGUGAGACCUGGGUCAAGGGAAGUUGGCAUUGAUGUGCCUCCCAAUGACCCCCCUCCUGUGGUGCCUCAACAGUCUCAUCCCACAAAGAAAACUAAAAUAAAAAGUGACUCUGAAUCUAAGAGUUGUAUGACAACUUCUGAGCAGGCUAGUUCAGCCAUAUGUGGUGUUAACUUGUCGUCAGUUGUCCAGCACAAAUCUAAUAAAACAGUUAACUCUGAAGUUGGUGCUAAGCCUCAGUUCAAGCAGCAAAUGUUGCAAAACACAAGAGCAUCAAGUAGACGGGCUUCUGACACAUUGGCCAGCUACCUGGGGAGAGGCACACCAAAGGUGCAGGGGUCUGGGUAUCCUCGUGGCCCUUUCAGUGCAGUUACUCGCAGUUUAGAGAGGCAUUGCAAUAGAGGGAACCAGCGAACCACUUUUGGCCAGGAUCUUUCCAACAUGAUAUCAAACUGGGCUGCCCGUAACCGAGAAUUGUUGAGUCGCGAACCUGGAAUGGGGAAGCUGGUUCGUGCCUCGUCUGAUGAAUCGCUAGCCUCUCAAACUCUCCAGCGCACCAAUCACGCACAUCAACCUUCUUCGCAUGAGCACAUUUCAUCACAGGACGUUUUGAGAUCGAGGCUAGAUUUUGGUCCAGGAUUGGGUAUGAAGAAGUCUUCUAGCUUGGAGUCUCUACAGACCAUGGUUCAAGAGAUGGCCUUGGAAGAAGAGGGACAUCGAAUGGGUUCAGGUCGAGUGCCAAGGGGACGAGGCUGCAAUGAGAGCUUUCGUGCUGCUGUUGAUCGAUCAUAUGAUGUUCCUCUUAAUGGCCUUCGCAACAAAAUGGAAACUCUUGCAGAAGAAGAGUCUGAAUCAAGUGGCUCUGGCUUCGGGAGGGGCAAUAGUCGACAGUCUUCGGUAAAUUCUGCUGCCGAGGACAAGCACAAGAAAAUUGGUAAAAAGAAGCCAGGGAUCUUUAAAGGUCUUGGCUCCAUGUUCAGAUUUGGUAAACACCGUAAAAGUAUUGAUAAUUCAACUGGACUCCCACUGAAGGGGGAUAGAGAAGGAGACAGAACAGAGGGUCGAACUGAAAUGGACAGAGCAGAAGUGGAGAGAUUGGCUGCUGCCCGGCGUCUUCAACAAGAAGAGCAUGACCACAUGCAGGAGCAAUACAGGAGAAUGAUUGAGAAUACUGGACGGUCUUCUCAGAAUCAGCAACAACAGCAGCAACCUCAAAAUCGAGGGGAUGAUGGGGAACCAUCACGGUCAGAACGGAUGCAUCAAUUAAGAGCAGAACACCAACGUCGCCAUGCUCAGAGAAACCGAACCUACCCGACCGAUGACUUAGAAGAGCGAUAUGAAAGUGCUCUAAGACAGGUGCUCGGAGAGAGAGGAGAUUCGGAAGCUGACAAGGCUAACAAUAAUACGCUUAGCUCUACUGACACCAAGCCGCAAGUAAUGUCCAAGAGCAGUGUGCAUAGGAACUCUAAAACUCCUAAACCCACACCCUCAUCCUCUUCCUCUGCCACUACUAACAGAACAAAAGGGAUAGGAAAUCCAAAUAGGCACUCAUUUCAUGGGAUUAUUAGUAAACCAUCUAAUAACACCUCUGUUAAUACAAAUCGCAACUCAUUUUAUGGCUCUUGUAUAAGGCCAGAAAACGAUUCCCCAACUCCUAAUGAAACAACUCCAGUAUCCCCUUCAACGGCUUCUGCAUCAGAACCCAUUCCUUUUGUUCCUUUACCAAAUAAAUACAUGCAUAAUAAUGAAAUAUAUUCAAAACCUUAUAAAGUGUCUAAGAGUUCAGAUAGACCUGAAAUACUUUCAUCAUCAUGUAAUGGUGAUGAGGCUAGUGCAAAUAAUUUAUCAAAUUUAAUUAUUCAGAACACAGUGUCAAGUAAACCACCACUUCCUCCAAGGAAUAAGCCAAUAAAUAAUAAUUAUAAACCUCCUUUCCCACCACCAAACCCUAAACCCAACCAACUUGUUAGUGUUUCCUUGCCAGAGAAUCAGCCACCAACAAACCAAAGAGCUUGUCACGCCCCUUCUAGUCAUUCAGUGUCAAAGUUUACCCAUAUUAACAAAAUUAACCCAGACUUCACUUUCUCUUUUUCAAAACCUGUGUCAGGAGCAAUAUCACACCCAUAUCUUCAUCAUAAUUCCCUCUCUAGUUUUGAUAAUGAUGUGACAAAUAAAAAUCUUGUUAAUCGGACUAUGAAUGAACACAACACAAAUUUCUUGGUGUGCAGUGCUAGCAAUUCAUGCAGUGGUGGUGGUAGUGCAAUGGUAUCUGGUGAUGGUGUUAGUAAUAGAAUGGUGAUGGCUACAUCUGUUGUUGGGGAGAGGAUCAGUUAUCCCAAUGCAAAUAAAAAUGGCAACUGCAGCAAUAGCACAGCAGCACCAUUAAGCAGCAAUAGCAGCAGCAGUAGCAGCAGCAGCAGUAGCAGCAGCAGUGGUGCACCUCGUACAAACUCGCUUCCCCGUAUGGGUGUGAAAGGAAAGGCUGCAGCCAUGUCUGCUCGGGGCUCUCCUUGCCCCGCACCUCCACCCCCACCCAAAGGUGCUCCUAAUCCACUAGCUGCCCUGCGAUCUACUGCCAUACUAGACAAUAGCCUGUUCUGGCGGCUGGAUCCUGUCCCCAGUGAUCCCAAGCCCGACACUCGGCACACCCGGUCUCACAGCUACGACCUCUAUGGUGAUAAUAUUGGACGACCUGGGAGUCGUACAGCCUAUGCCGACCCCCAUAAAUAUUCUCAUUAUGUCAAUUAUGAACAAAUACAACAACAUUUACGCAAAAACAAGGAGCAGGAAAGGCUAAAGAAAUUAGCUAGUCAGCAGUACCAAGAUUUUCGGGAUAAGCAGACUAGGAGACAGCAGGACAUCCCCCACGGUACCCUGUUGCACAAACUGGAGGAGACGUUUAUUCACGAAUCAAUUCUUGCAAGCCGUGAAGCCCGAGAAUAUCAGAGUCAGCGAGGACCCCGUGAUUCUAGUCGUGAUCACCAGCACCGACCCAUAAGCAAUUACUACGAAUAUGAGAGUGUCCAGGCUAUGAUUUCUCAUGCCCAAGAGAACAGUAGCACUUCACUUCCUAGAAGACACCAUCCUCCACCACCUGGACCACCCCCAGCAGCUGCCGCUGCUGCUGCUGCUGCAUCUAUUGCCAGAAAUGGUGGUAGUGGGCAAGGCAGCUCCCUGUUCCUUGGUACCACCCAGCCACAUCACAUGACCAUGUUUAAACAAACUUCUGGCUCAUUUGUACAUAAUCAGUCUAACCGUGGAGGCCUUGCUGGACUUAACAUGGCUCAAGCAGGCUUGCAUCCUGGCCACCGAGAACAUGCUGACAUUCCACGCGAACUUCCUCAUCUGGAGGGGAACUAUGGAUCAGGUUAUCGGCCAGCCAGUCAUUACACUGGACCACACUACAAGCCACCACCACCACCACCACAUCACCAUACUACUAAGCUCACAGUACCAGGUUCCAAAGUAUGAGAAUAACUUGUAUCUGGAAUGUAUGAAAAUGGUGUAAAAAGUGUAUAGACUAAACUCGAAUUGAAAAAUUGCCGAUUAAUUUAUUAAAAAUCAAAAAUAUAAUUUUGUGCAUAUGUGAAAUACUUGUAAAAUAUGUUUAAUGAAAGAUAUGAGAGAAAUGUAGGGUGUAAAUUAUUCUGAAGUCAUUGGUUUAAGGAUUAUUUCCAUUGCCUUAAAUGUACUGAUGGAGUGUUGUUUGUUAUGUGUAGGCAUGUACUUCCUGUAUAGCACAACAUUCCAUUAUGUGUAUUGUUCUUUUAAUUUUAGUUAAAACGAUAAAUUGUCCUCCUUACCUUGCACAUAAAAUUUUAUUGUAUAGAAAGUGAGGGACCAAACGUUUUUAUAUUGUUACAGUACCUGGAUGAUGUGCAACUGUUCUUUUAUGUAAUUUAUAGUUAUUGUUUUAAUCUAAAGUGUGAAUAAUAAUCAAAGCUAAUUAAGGAAUCUCAAGAUUCUUAUGGUAACAAAGAAGAUUCAAGAUUGUAUUGGCGGCCAGCUCAAAGAUGCUACACUGAAAAAAAAAAGAGCCAGUUUACUUAAUCUUGAACUAUUUUUAAUUAUGUUAUUUUUAAAUCAUUCAUAAAAAAUGAAGUACAGUACUCCAGAAUUUGGUGCCUUAAGUAUAAUGAUUUGAAUAUUAUAAAGUGCCAUCCAUAAAUUUGCCUUAAUGGUUCAUUGAGAACUUGACUUUAAACAAAAAUUUAUGAUGCUAUCCUGAUAUGUGUACAUGAUUUUUAGUAUUACAAACAUAUUUAUGUACAGAUAUAUAUAGAUACCAUAUAUUGAAGGAGUAUAUUAUUAGGUACGCAAAAGUCCAAAAUCAUACCUUACAUUUUAUGCUGCCUUUUAUGAUGCUUCUGUAGCUUUUAAUAUUUUAAUAUACAAGAUUCUUAUUUGACAGACUCUUCUAGACACUAUCAACUCAACCAGUAGUUAUACUGUGCCAAAGUGACUUUGGGUUACAUUCCUUAACAGGCUUGUUGACCUGUGAACAUUGGUUGUACAGGCCUCAUUGUAUGUGGUCACUUGCAGUUUUUAUCAUGUGUGUACAUUUUUGUAAAAGAUUUUGUAAAUAGCAUUAGUACUUAGGUAUGCAAGAAACAAUUUUUAUACUAUGUAAAUGGAACCAGCACUCUACUGCUGGGCUGCAUUAUUUUCUGCUCAAGAUGCAGCUAUUUUCUGUUUUCUGUAACUGGAACUAUUCCAAUACUCCAAAGGAAAAUAAAGGAAAUUUUAAUAA